UUUAUUAUCGUGUACGAUGUCUAUCAUAGGAAAGCUGAGAAUUUAGAGACGUAUUUGACACCGGUAUUUUAAUGUUAAAGUUUUCCUUUUGUACAAUGCUUAUUGCUGACUCACGAUGCAUUGAAUCUUUCAUUAGACGAACGAGCAUAUGCUCAUCGUUAGACUCGGUGUUGAUGUAGCAUAUAUAGUUAGAAAUGUGACUUAGACGUUUGACAAUUUGACACUCGUUUAGCCAUGUUCCCUUAUAAUCGCGAAGAUUUUUGAAUAAGAAACUGGUUAUAUAAUCGUGAUGAUUUGCCGAUUUUAGAUGACUGUGAACGUGUAAGAACAAUUGUAAUCGAGACGUGUAACGACGUUCCUGUCUUCGAUUUUUGAAAGACCUGCAAAUUCCAAAUGUUGACACAUCGACUGACCUAAUUUAUUUUAUAAAUUGCAAGAGUCAGUCGGUAUAUCAACGUGCCGUGUGAUCAAGCUUGUGCUGUAAAACAGUGAUUCACAUUUGCAAGAUGGAGAAACAGAUAAUAAUUUCUUCGCUCGUACUGGUUUUUAUUUCACUUGUCAUAGCUAGCGGUAAUUAUAAUGCGAUAAAUUAUUAUAUUUGCAUUUUUAUUCGUGCUUUACGUGUCUUUCUGACGCGAUUAAUCCAUAUAGAAAUUGGCUCGGACGAGACAGGUCUCGAAUGCAGUGGUCGUGCUCAUUACAACGUGACUAUGUCUGCUUAUUAUCCUGAUUUUAGCAGCGAUGACGAAUCCGACUACUCGGAUGCCAGGAUGAAGAAGCUGAGGACUCUGCAGGAUUUUCUCGAUGGCCGCACCGAAUUCGUCACAGUCUCCAUGGACCUUGAUUCAGGGAUACCAUACGGCACCAAAUUGUGUAUUCCCGAAUUAAACGCGAAAUUCCUGCGAAGGAUUCCACUUCAGGCUAGAGACAGAAGCCAUUACAGCGACGUUAAAACGAAUUCACCGGAUUUCUCUCAUCUGGACAUUUGCGUUCGAACCGAGGAAGACACGUAUGACAAUUCGGUAAAUGGCAUUGUGACACUUUACUCAUAACCAUUAGAA